GAGAGUUCCACUGUGGGUUUGAGGACGGUAACAUUUGCCUUUUCACUCAAGAUGACACGGACAAUUUCGACUGGACAAAACAAAGCACUGCCACUAGAGACACAAAAUACACCCCAAACACUGGGCCAAAUGCAGAUCGGACUGGCUCCAAGGAAGGUUUCUACAUGUACAUUGAGACAUCUCGCCCCAGGCUGGAAGGAGAAAAGGCCAGACUUGUUAGUCCUGUUUUCAGUGUCGCUCCAAAAAAUCCUUACGGAGCUACGAACACUGCCUAUUGUUUUAGCUUCUACUAUCACAUGUAUGGACAGCACAUAGGAAGCUUGAACGUUUACCUGCGGUUGAAAGGUCAGACUGCGAUAGAGAACCCAUUGUGGUCUUCAAGUGGAAAUAAGGGACAGCACUGGAACCAAGCCCGCGUUAAUAUAAACCCCCCAACUUCAUUUCAGCUCAUAUUUGAAGGGAUCCGGGGCCCCGGCAUCGAAGGUGAUAUUGCUAUUGAUGAUGUAUCAAUUGUGGAAGGAGAGUGUAUGAAAUCAGACCAACCGGCCAACAAUUUACGAUCAGGUGCUGUUGGGACAUUAGCGCAUAUACGACUUAUCCCAGUUAUCAUCCUCAUGUCUGUCUUAAGUCAUCAGAGGUGACCUUAUCCUGGCAGAGGCUACAAAAGAUUCACCAGGCACUGGCAUGAAGAAAGAGUCUUUGUAAAAUGGACAUUUAAAACCAAACUACCAAAGAUUCCUCCACUGACUGACUCAAAAGUUAAAUAAAUACAUAAAUAAAUAAUAAAAAAAAUAAUUAAAAAGCACUGGGGACAUAAAAGGCAUCACGGGAGUGUAACUCACUAUGAACCAUGCGUGAGAACGAGAUCUGGCCUAAGUAAGGAAGAGACCUUCAGGUGCUUUUGUGGUCAGUAAUGAAUACAGCAUCAUCUGGUUGAACUCUCGGAAAAGAGCUAUAGAAACCCUUGUCAAAGCACAAAGUCAUGGCUGGUUUUGUUUCAAAUGAAUAGUUUGCUUGUUACCAUGGAAACCUAAUGGCCUGCCAAAAAAAAAUAAAUGAAGGAGUGAGAGAGGAAAUAAAAACAAAAAGAGAGAGAGAGAGAAACACCUCACUGUAAACAGGGUAUGUGAAGAGCUGGCAUUCAUUUUCCCUUCAAGAAGGUUUUUAGUACAGAGUUAAAUAAAUGUAGGCCCUUUCUACUUUGGCUGUCACCUCCCCUAGAGAAUAACCCUAAAUCAGAGCUGUUUUAAGACAUUUAUGUUUCAUUUCUCAUGGCUAUGCUUGAUAACUGUAUGCUGUCUCCUUUUGCAUGCAUUACUAUCCAGGAUGUGCGACCUGGGCUUACAUAUUACACAGGCUUAUCGGAG